AAAAUUAUAUAAACUUCAACUUCCAUGUUUACAAAACGAAUCCACCCAAAUAUCUCUCUCGCUCCCUCUCUCUCUCUCUCGAUCUCUUCCAGUUGUUAUCUACACAAGAUUGUUGGUGUCUGUGAAUUUGGAUGAUAAGGCGAGUUUACGGGCUGUGUUUAGUCUUCUUGUGGUAGCUUUUGAGCAAAAUUUGGUAAUCGGGUAAUUUGGGUAUAUUCUGUUAUGUGAAAAAUGGUGACGACGACAUGGAGGAAAAUUGUGUAUCCCUGUUGGAGGCCUUCUACGGAAGGUGAUGGCCUAUUUAGUAAUAGCUUUGCGGAUGAUUAUGGAAGGAGUGAGGGGUUGUUGUGGUAUAAGGACUAUGGGCGUCAUGUUUAUGGUGAUUUCUCUAUGGCGGUAGUUCAAGCUAAUAAUAUAGUGGAAGAUCAAAGCCAGCUUGUAUCUGGGUCGAUGAGUUCAGUUGAUUGUGGUCCGCAAGGGACAUUUGUUGGAGUAUAUGAUGGUCAUGGAGGUCCAGAAGCAGCGCGUUUCAUAAAUAAUCACCUGUUUGAUAAUAUCAAGACUAUUCAUGGUGCAGAAUUCACAUCACAGAAUGAAGGAAUGUCAGCUGAUGUUAUUAACAGAGCUUUUCUGGCAACUGAAGAGGAAUUCCUGUCUCUUGUGAGACAGCAGUGGGCAAUCCAGCCACAAAUUGCUUCUGUAGGGUCAUGCUGUUUGGUGGGUUUAAUAUGUGACGGAUUGCUAUAUAUCGCAAAUGCUGGUGAUUCUCGGGUUGUGUUAGGCAAAUUAGAUAACACCUUUAAUGAGGUCAAAGCUGUUCAAUUAUCUGCUGAGCACAAUGCAAGUUACGAGUCAGUUAGAGAUGAAUUGCACUCACUGCAUCCAGAUGAUUCACAGAUUGUAGUUUUGAAGCAUAUGGUUUGGCGUGUAAAGGGUAUUAUUCAGGUAUCUAGGUCCAUAGGUGACGCCUAUCUGAAGAGAUCAGAGUUUAACAGAGCGCCACUACUGCAGAAGUUUAGAGUACGGGAACCCUUCCACAAACCUAUCCUAAAAGCUGAGCCAUCAAUUGUUGUUCAAAAACUCUACCCUGAAGACCAGUUUCUAAUAUUUGCAUCAGAUGGCCUGUGGGAGCAUCUUAGCAAUCAAGAGGCAGUUGAUAUUGUCAACAACAGCCCACGCAAUGGUAGUGCUAGGAAACUCAUCAAAGCUGCACUUAGGGAAGCAGCAAAGAAAAGAGAAAUGAGAUACAGUGACCUGAAACAGAUUGAAAGAGGGGUGAGAAGACAUUUUCAUGAUGAUAUCACCGUGAUAGUUUUGUUUCUUGACAGUAAUCUGAUUAGUCAGAGCCCCUGCAAUGGACCAAUGCUUUCGGUCCGAGGAGGGGGAGGUAUACCUAAUGGUGUGAAUAACCUAAUUUAAAAGUUUCAGUUGCUUGUACGAAGACCUAGAUGCCUGUUACUGAAUUUCUUUCAUUAAAUGAGUUUUAAUACGCUAUGAAAUAGAUGGAUGAUAAAACACCUGUAGUUUCCUCUAGUAGAUGGAAUUUCAAGCGAGAUGGUGGAGUUGAUGAUUAUGUGAAGACGAAGCUUAUCGUAAAUUGUGUGGGAAAUCUCUGGCAUAUGAGACACUAAAAGCGGCCAUCUGAUCAAGAGUUGAAAUUCCUAUGGUCAUGUUAUAUCUCAAGUAGACAUUUUGUACUGGAUGUGAUGUGAGACCUAUAUUUGAGAUUGGUUAUUUAGAAAUGCAUGUUUAUAAUUUUGCAAAUGUGUAGUAUGCACUUUCAAGUGUACUCGUUCAGUUUUCAUAUGAUAUGUCUUUAAAAUUUUAUUGCA